CAUUCGCAGUGCAUGCGCAUUCCAUUUUUGAAUUUGAAAAGUUAGACGACCAUUUUUAAAUUUUUGAAAUUGGAACGUGAUAUUUUUUUAUGGAUACACACAUCGCAGUGACUGUAGUGUUGUGAAUACAAGUUUUUCGCAUUUUACUUCGGUCUCCUGCCAUCUUCUGUAUAGAAAAAGAAGAAAACAUUAAAUUAUUAAGAUGGCGCGGUGGUGCGCUAGCGUUGUGCUUCUAACGCUGGUGGUGUGCGCGAGCGCAGCCGACACGCAGUCUAGAUUCCAACCACGCAAGCCUAGAAAUAGGAAUGCGGAUCUUCAGUCGAGUCAACAGGCAGACGCCGAUGAGAUGGUCUCCAAUCUUCUGCAAUGGAUACAGGGGUUAUAUCAGCAGAAGAAUAGGAAAGCACGACAGUACUUUGGAGGCAAACCCGAGAAGCCACGGCCUUUCGAACCAGCCAGCUAUUUACCUCCUACCGGAUAUCCACCGAGUGGUUCCCGUCCUACGCCAGCUUAUAACGAAGGACCCCCAUCUCCUAGUCCACCUCUCACUAGUACAUCGAGCCCUGGAUAUCCGUCGAAUCAACCAAGCCAACCAGACCAACCUUAUAUACCGAGUCAACCAUCUUAUCAACCCAGUCAACCAACACAACCUUCUUACCAGCCAAGCCAGCCGAGCUCUCCGUCGUAUCAACCAAGCCAACCCUCAUUACCGGACUACCAACCUAGUCAACCAACAUACAACCCGAGUCAACCAUCCUAUCAACCACCCAGUCAACCUACCUAUAGCCCACCUAGUCAACCUACCUAUCAACCACCCAGCCAGCCACCAUAUCAACCACCCAGCCAGCCCACUUACCAACCUCCUAGUCAACCAACAUACCAACCUAGCCAGCCAUCCUAUCAACCUUCUCAACCAACUUACCAACCUAGCCAGCCUACAUCACCACCUUUCCAGCCCAGCCAGCCUGAUGAGAGCACACUGCCGCCUUUCGAACAACCCUCGCAACCUCAGCAACCACAACGGCCAGAUGUCGGAGAAGAAAGCACUUCAUCAGCUACCACUGAGGAUGAAAACCGCCACCCACCACACAUUCACGCCAUCACCGUUGAUUGCGGUAAAGAAAUGAUGACGAUCAAUAUUGAGUUCAAUAAACCCUACAAUGGAAUCAUCUACUCUCAAGAUCAUUAUAACCAACCUGAAUGCGUUUAUGUAAGAGAAAACUCAAAUCAAAUCAAGUACUCCUUCACCGUCAGCUUGAACACUUGUGGUACGAGAUUCUUCAGUGACUUCCAGAACGAAGGGCAGGCGUAUUUGGAAAAUGUUUUGGUACUGCAAAAUGAACCUGGCAUCCAAGAAGUUUGGGAUCACAUUCGACGAGUAAGAUGUUUGUGGGAAGGCAAUCUAACUAAGCAGUUGGUUUCCUCACUUAGUGUUGGUAUGCUAAAUCAGAUCACGAGCAACUUCAGUGGAGACACUGCUAUGGCCCGACUCGAUAUUCAGGUAGGACGAGGACCAUUCGCACCAGAGGCGAACGGUUUGGUUAAAAUUGGUGAAAUAAUGACCUUGGUUGUAUCAGUUACUGGUGAUGCUGGUUUCGAUAUCUUAGUUAGAGAAUGCGUCGCCAGAGACUCUGAAAACAACCAUGUUGUGCCACUCACAGACAGCAAUGGCUGCGUGCUGAAACCUAAACUGUUUGGUGCAUUCCAGAAGACUAGGGAAACAGGAAAUACGGGAGCUUCAAUUAUUGCUUAUGCGUUCUUCAACGCCUUUAAAUUCCCUGACGAGAUGGACUUGAUCAUUCAAUGCGACGUUGAAUUGUGUAAGACUGACUGCGAUGUAUGCCCGAUUCCUGGAAGCAUUGAUCCCAAGAGGCGACGACGAGACCUCAUCCACGUGGGUAAUAGUACUACGGAGCCAUCCACAACAAUUGGCAAAGGUUUGAGAGUUGUAUUCGCUGAAGAUCUGCCUCCAGAGCCGUCUGGAUUUUGUAUUUCAUCUUCAGCAGCUCUAUGGGGCGGUGUUUUAGUCUUGCUAGGUUCAUUACUAAGCAGUGUAAUGGUGUCGUUAUGUUGGAUGAAAUCCAGAGGAUCAGUUAAGUUUUCUUAAUGACGAUUAACAUGUGCGACCUUAAAGGAAUGUAUUAUUAUAAUACGAGAAAACUCAACAAUUAUCAUUUUGGAAAUGAAAUGAAAUUACAAUUUAAUUGUUUAGAUGACGUCACGUCUGUUCGAAAAUGACGUUUAAAAAUGUUGUGACAUUUGAAAAAUAAAUAUAAGUAAACAUUAAAGUUACGUGCCACGAUCAAUAAUAAUUGGACUAUUUUUUACCUGUCACUUCAUUUUGAGAAUUUUAUCAGUUUACAAUAAUUACGAUACACCCAGUGGCGGAUUAAGGAAGGGGAGGGUCACAAGGGGUUAUCUGUCCGGGGCCUCUGGGGGGCCUUCAAAUGCAUUGUCCUCAUCCACAUCAGUAUUCUAAGUGUGUUUAAGUAUAUCAUUGUGUGUGUGUAUGUAAUUUCAUCACAACCAUCUGGACGAAUGCCGGUCUUCCACCGUGCGUUUUUCAAGGCAUUUUCUUCCACGCACAUCCACUCUUUGGAAUCAACAUUCAGCAGCAGUAUUUCCAAACUGAUACGACAUCAUAACUUUCAAGAAAAGAGCAUAUUUCUUUUUAAAAGGCCGACAGCACACCUGUGAUGCCGAUGGUGUUGUGGGUGAUCAUGGGCGCCGGUAGUCACUUACCAUCAGGUGAGCCACAUGCUCGUUUGUCCCCUGUGUUGAAAAAAAAAAUUUCAUUUUCGAAAUUUUAACUAAAUAUACAUAAACACUAAAUGUACACAAAUGUGAAUUGUAAAAAAAAAAAAAACUUGUAAAAUUAUAUACAACUUCUUAAAUUGAGUGCUUCAUUCAGCUGUCUCCCCGAGCCUUGGCUUAGUCCGCUACUGGAUACACCAUUAAUUAGUUUUUAAAUUUCGAAUAUCCAACGAAAUGAAUUAACAACAUAGGUGUAUUACAAUUUGUAUAGAUAUAAAAUUGUUAAUUUAAUUCUAUAAUUUAAUUAACACUGCCAACAUAUUAUUUGUAAUUGUAACAAAAUAAACUGUAUAUUAAGUGAAAUAUUUAUAGUACACACCAACGUAUUAUUUUGAAAUAAGUAAUAAAAUAUUAGAAGAUUAUUUUAAAAUAUAUUUUAAUAAAUGUGAUGCUCUGUCAGUUUUGUUUACAGUUAUAUAAUAAAAAAAAAAAUGUAUAUACUAGUUAAGAUUUUGUAUUGUAAAUUAAAAGAAUA